UCUCCUCCCAUUGUAAGAACAGCUGUAGACCGUGAACCGUGAAGUGUGGGUCUGACACGGAUUACCUGGACACCGACUUCAAGUCCGGGUGGGCAUCAACCGGCGAAAAACAGACAGGCGGCGCAUCUUUCAUUCGUUAUUCUGAAUAAAGCUUCUCCACGUUUCCCAGAACUUCAACCAUGGCGACCCGGCUUUUUCACACUCUGCAUUUAUUAUUGAUUCUGGAGUCGAGCUGGGGUAUACUCGUAUCUGAGGAUCUCGAGGAAGCCCUGCGUCAACGUGCCGAUGUGCCACCGGCUUUGGAUGAGCGCGUAUUUGCGCAUGAAAGCGCAAACCGGGACAUGGUCUCCAUCAACAUGUUCAAAGUGUACGAGAAGUACAGUAAAGAGCCGCAGAGCCAGAGGGACGGAAACACCGUGAGAAGUUUUAAAGCAGUCCCGAGAGUCUUGCAUGGCAAAGAUGUGUUCCAGUUCAACCUGUCUUCCAUCCAAGAAUCCGAGCUCAUCCUCUUCGCCUCUUUUCAUUUCCUCUACAAGCGGCCCCGCCACCAGCAACGGUCGUGGCGUUUUCGAAGGCCUCGCCACCCGUCCGGUGGCCUCCAGCAUCCCUAUCCUCCCUCUGCUCAGCUCCUCUUCCAUGGAUCGUCCCUGAACUCAGCUUUUGCAACACCACUGGGAAACAUAACUCUGGCUCCUUUCAAGAAAGGCCCCUGGCAAACAAGGGAUAUAACGGCGAUGCUGAAACAUGCCAGGGAUGUCAAAGAGCUUGUGGUCACUGUGGAGUUUAAUAUGGGGUUCGGGGCGGCUCCAGUGCAGCAGAGGAAUUCUCACGGCCAAGAGCGCCUCUCUCCAGCCAACUUGCCGUACAUCUUGGUAUACGCUGAUGAUCAAGCCAUAGAUGAGCCAAACAGCGUGGCCAGGUCGCUCCAGCGCUAUGGGUCCUUCUCUGUAGGGGAGGAUGCAUCCCCCUCAGCCUCAACCUCAAGGAUCCGGAGGGAGCUUCAUCUCCAGAUCCAAACCAAUGACAUCCCAGAGGUCCAUUACAGUACCCUGAAGAAUCACGAACUGUGGCAGAACACAUAUUUCCCAGCAAAAGCCAAAGCAGCAGCAAAAGGAAGGAAGCAGGGUCAGGAUAGCAGUGAGGGCCUGAGUAAGCCACAGGUGCUCAGCUUUGAUGAGAGGACAAUGAAAAAGGCGAGGAGGAGACAGUGGAGUGAGCCCAGGGUUUGCUCCAGGCGCUACCUCAGGGUGGACUUCGCUGACAUUGGCUGGAGCGAAUGGGUUCUGGCACCAAAGUCUUUUGAUGCCUACUACUGCGCUGGGACCUGUGGAUUCCCCAUCCCUAAAGUGGUGCAUCCUUCCAAUCACGCCACCAUUCAGAGCAUUGUCAGAGCUGUGGGAAUUGUUCCCGGUGUCCCUGAACCAUGCUGUGUUCCCGAGAAGAUGAGCACCCUCAGUGUCCUUUUCCUUGACCCACACAGGAAUAUGGUGCUAAAGGUUUAUCCCGACAUGUCUGUGGAUACCUGUGCCUGCAGAUAGGGCCCAGGGCCAACACACAUAAAUGAUUAUGAAGACGACGAACACGUGUACUCAGUGUACAUCUAGGGGGCAUUUCCAUAUCAAAGAGGACAGAAGUAAUGAGGACAGCCGAGGACAAACUGACACAACUGGCGAGGAUCUAUUGCUUGAGUCUCCAUUGAGAACUCUCUGCUGAAUCUUGGACUAGUUUCUGUUAUUAUCAAACAUUAACUCAACUCUUUCCCGCAGUUUUGCUAAAUGUUUUUCUCCACACUGCCUUCAUUUUUCUUCCAUCAUCCAAAAGCAGUUUUGAGAAAUUCACUUAAUAAAAACUUGUGUAUGUAAUAGACAUUUUCUACAUAUUGACCAGCUGGAUGUUAAAGUUAAGUAUAAAACUCCUGCAAGUGGAUUUCUGUCUUUGUCAAUCCUUCAUAAACCUUUUCUGCCCUUUUUCUGUACAUUUUCACUUUUAUAAAGUGGUUUUGGUUGUUUUAUUUAGACAAGACUUGACUUUCUCUUGUCUUUGCCCGGACUCAGACCUGGUCUUGGAAUUGGUUCCAACUUGACUAAGCUCAGUUUUUGGAUUUCAAACAGUUUCUGAAACCCUCUGACAUCAAUAUCUUCUACUGUUGUCCCCAUCUUCAGGAAUCUGCUGACUUUUGGACAAACUGCUCAUUGACUCAUAGACACAGGAGGGUAUAAAGAACAGAGAGGCUGCAUGACAGCACAUUUACAUCAUAUUAAAUCACCAAAUUAAUCAAUCAUUGUCAUGUAAAUACUGUAGUUACUAAUGUAAACUAAAUGGUACUUAUUCUUAAGUAAUGUAUCACACAGUGGCACAUGUGAUCAUUGAACACCUCCCAUAUAUUAGCAAUAAAUAUUACUCAUGCAUGAGAGGUAAUAUCUUCUUUGAACUAUAUUUCAAUAUUCAUUUGUUUUUAUCUUGUACAUAAUUACACCUACUGAAAUUUAAUGUACUACAGUUCAUUUCUGCUGCAUGUUAACCACAGAGGGAAAACAGUACAUUGCUGCCACCUGUUGUGCAUUUUGGGAAUGUUUAAAGGACUAAAACAUUUUGAAGGAGGACAUUUAAGUAUAUCCUGGCAACUGUUCUUUUUAAUAGAUAAAUACUGUUUAUCAAAGAUUAGAUGUACAGUUUGUAAUAAUAGUAGAUUUCAGUAAUGAGUAAAAGGGGGAAAUGUGUCCAACCUUAGAACUGUAUUUGAAUAGUUAUGUGAUGUGUGGUUUAACAAUUCAUCAUGUAUGCCUGGUAAGCGAAUAAAGUGAAUUGUACAUACGGUCAAA